UCAGAGCAGGAGGAGCUGUUCCCGGUGUCUCCACUCAGCUCCACAACCAGGCAAUGGAAGUCCCCAGAGCCACCCUGCUGCGCCUCUUUGGGGCUGUCCUCUGCCUGACAGGUGUCCAGACUUUUGAGUCCAAUGGGUCCCGAGCCCUGCAGUGCUACAGCUUUCAGCACAUCUACUUCGGGCCCUUUGACCUCAGUGGCAUGAAAUUCCUCAGCGUCUCCUGUCCUCAUGGAUGCUCUGAGGCUGUCUCCUCCUUGAGCACAGGGUACCGCGCCUCAGUGACCAUGGUCCAGAAGGGCUGCUGGACAGGCCCGCCUACGGGUCAGAUGCAGUGGAACAACAAGGCGCUGCCACCCGACUACUCGGUGGUGCGCGGCUGCAGGACCGACCUGUGCAACUCAAACCUCCUGACCCACGACUCCCUCCCUAAUCUGAGCCCAGCGCCCAACCCCCAGACGCUCAGCGGCAUCGAGUGCUACGCCUGCGUGGGGAUCCACCCAGAGGACUGCACCCCGGAGAAGUCCCGGCGGGUCCAGUGUCACCAGGACCAAAGUGUCUGCUUUCAGGGCAAUGGCCAAAUGACCGUUGGCAAUUUCUCAGUCCCUGUGUACAUCAGAACCUGCCAACGGCCCUCCUGCACCAUCAUGGGCACCACCAGCCCGUGGACAAACAUCGACCUCCAGGGCUCCUGCUGUGAGGGGCACCUCUGCAACAGGGACUCCGUGACCCAAUCCUUCACCAGUGCCUCGGCCACCGCUGCUCCCCAGGCACCCCACGUCCUGGUCCUGCUCCUCGUGAUCCCCCUACUGGCUGGCACUCUGGGGGGACCCCUGGGGCUCUCCUCAUAGACAGGCCCUCCAGCCUCUUCCUGAGCAGAUGCUGGGGGGCAGGGCACACCCAUCCCUUCUCACUGCUUCUGUCCCCAGAAUGCGGAAAAUAAGAGUCGUACAACUGUCUCUCUCUCUCUCCCCCUCCUCCCUCUGUCGCCCUCCCUCCCUCCUGCUUCUCUACUAAUGCCUAGCCCCUAUUGGUCAUCAGGCCUGGAAGAAACUGGAUAAGGCCCCCAGCAUCCCGGGGUGGGGAGAAACAGCCACAUCCCACCCUGCACACAGAGCAAACCCAGUGACAGUUCCUGUGGUGGCUCAGCGGUAAUGAACCCGAUGUAUCCAUGAGGUGCGGGUUCAAUCCCUGGCCUCACUC